CUACAGACGGCCAUCCAGCCUCUUGGGGGAAAGCCUUCCUUUCCGAGGGAAGCAAGGGGAGGGUCCAAGCAACGAAGGAGGGCGAAGGGGGCGGACUCAGGAGGAGACCGAGGAGGAGGAGGAGGAGGAGGAAGGAGGACGGAGGACCUUCUGUCUCUUCGCCUCCGGAGCAGCCAUGGGAGAAGACCGGCUGGAGGCCUGCCAGAAGGAGGCCGGGGAGGUGACCGAGAUCAUGUUGGAGAACUACACCAAGGUCCUGGACCGGGAGGUCAAGCUCACCGAACUGGAUGAACGAGCCGACGAACUUCGGAACCAGAGUGCUGCCUUCAGCAAGACAGCAAAGACCGUGGCCCAGAAGAAGCGCUGGGAGAACACCAAGUGCAAGCUGAUCCUGGCCGGAGUGGUGGUGGCCGCCCUCCUGGUCAUCAUUCUGGCCAUCGUUCUUGCCUUCCUCCUCCCAGGGUCAGCGGCGGCAGGAGAUGCAGCCGCCUCUUCCUCGGCCGGAGGAAAUUGAAGGACCGGCCCAGUGUCUUCUCUAUCGAUUGCCAUUGGCUCUGGGCCUCUAUUUGGGGACUUUGCAGCUUGUUGGAAACAAGCCAUUCUGAGGAAGAAAGCAUUCACUGGGAGACCCCCUUUUCUGGCUCUGGUCAAACGUCCCCCACAAAACAUCCUUCCUCGGUUAUAGCAAGACCAUACCUUUUUGCUGCUCUAUGCCAAUCCCCACCUUUCCCAAGGGGUACAUUCAGCCCUUGCUUUCCUCUGUUUUUGGAGAGAGUCUGCUCCCUAGAGUUGGAAGAGACCCCAAAAGCCAUCCAAUCCAACCCCUUCCUCGCAAUCAGGGAAGACACAAUCCAAGCACCCCCAACAGGUGGCCAUCCAGCCUCUGCUUGAAAACCUCCAAGAGAAGGAAGCUUCGCCACACUGAAUCCUAGAAAUUGAAGAAAUCCCCCACAAUAAUCCAAUCCAAACCCCUUCUGCCAAACAGGACCCCAAGCAAGCCCUCCUGACAAAUGUCCAUCCAGCCUCUGCUUAGAAACCUCCAAGGAAGAUUAUUAUUAUUACAAGGGAUAUCCAGAAAGUAAGGUUACAAUAUUUUUAAAUACAAAGAAUGAAUAUAUUUUAAUAAAACUUACAUGGAUUGUAGCAGAGGGAUUACAUGAUUUUACCACGUCAUCACUAUUCAGUUCAAUACAUUUCGUCAUCUGUGGGAUGAGUUUUGGAUGCCUGUGUCAUAGACGUUUCCGUCCGCCUUUUUCAGCCAGUUCAUCACUUUGAUUUUCACCUCCUUGUCAUCAGAAAAGUGUUUUUCACCUAGCUGUUCCUUCAAUUUAGUGAACAGAUGAUAGUCACUGGGUGCAAGAUUGGGGCUGUAAGAGGGGUGGCUUAAAACAUCCCAACUAAAUAAAGUUCACAACUCUUGUGUUGCA